UGUUUACUAUCAACUUCGACGCCCUUGUAUUGAAUGCUUAUCCUCAACUCAUUACAAGUUCCUUUGAGUUAAAAUGAAUGAAAAGAGGCAUUUAACAAGGGAAUUUCAUUUGUCAACGACAACCAUCGUGAUGUAAAAAGAUAUAAUGCUUCUUCAUUGUGAAAUGACUACUAAGAUAUGAGCACAGCUUUGUCCUUCAGUGUCCAGAGAGAGAUCCAGUUACGAUUCCUUUGCCCAGAAGAUAUUGAUGAAGUCAAGAAACUUUGCACAGAAUGGUUCCCUAUUGAAUAUCCAGAUACAUGGUAUCAAGAAAUAACCUCCAAUCCAAAGUUUUACUCACUGGCAGCAACAUUCCAAUCAAGGAUUGUGGGUAUUGUUGUAGCGGAGGUCAAACUUCUGUCGUCUCUAAACAAAGAGGAUGCAGACAUUCUAGCCCCACAGUUUCCAUCAACUUCCCAGGUGGCAUAUAUUUUAAGUUUAGGAGUUGUAGUGGACUUCAGGAAACAUGGGAUAGCUUCCCUGCUGCUGGACAGUUUAAUACAAAGUCUGACCACUAAAGAGAGAUCAAACUGUAAAGCUGUGUAUCUACAUGUGCUGGCCACAAACCACAUAGCUAUCAGAUUUUAUGAGAGACGUAGAUUCAAGGCACACAGUUUUCUACCUUAUUACUACUCCAUUCAGGGAAAACCUCGUGACGCAUACCUCUAUGUGAUAUACCUAAAUGGUGGUAAAGCUCCAUGGUCAUUUAUUGAUUAUAUGAUGCAAUGUGGAGAAGUAUUAACCAAGUUACAGCCAUGUGCUUUACCUAGCCAGAUCAUCAGGACAGUGAGGGGAUGGAUCUGUCGAUUGUUGGCUGGAGCCACGUCAAAUUACAGCAGCUAGCAUCAACAGACAUAUGACCUGUGCAAGAUAGAAAUCAACAUGGUUACCAAAAUAACUCCUCUGAGAGUCAUUGAUUUUAUUUUGGAAAUAGAAAUAUGGCUGUUUCAUUUUUUGUAAUAUGGUAAUCAGUAUUCAGGGAAAAAAGUAGUGGCAGACCAGGACAAAAUGUCUAUGCGAGUUUUUGCAGUUUGAAAUUCUUCAUUGGUUGUAUCUAUAACAUACACUUCAGCUGGAUUGUACAACCAAUAGUUAGAAUAGGUCACAAUGACUCCAAACAAUAGUUAGUAUUGGUCACAAUUACUCAUAGAAAUUUAUCUUUCUUAGCGUAUAUGCAGUGAUUCAGAAAGUUGUCUUCCGGAAACAUCCUCUGGUGGACCAACACAAAUUUAACUGGAAUCUGUUGAACCUAAGAAUUGUUCAGAACAAAGAUAAAGUAUCUUGCUACAUAUUAGGAUUUCCAUAUGUGUCAUUUGCAUAACUUUAUGUAAGAGGUUCCAAUGUAGUAAAGUCAGUCAUCCAAUAAGGGUAAUGUAGGUAGUAUUUUCCCCAAGACAAAGUUUACUUUCCAUGAAAUAUUUGUGAACAUUGAAUUAAUAUCUAUCUGAUACAGUUCAUGUAACAUUAAUGCAUAAUAAUUUUUUGUAAAUAUUUCAUUGAUUUUUUACAUUUUGAAUUCCAAAGAAAUAAUUUUUUACUAUUAUCAAAUAGUGGUUAAUGUGUCUUUUUGUUUGUCCCUUCAUUCAUUUUGCAUUUGCUUGUCUGUUCUUUCAUCAUGGCUGGAUUUUUAUGAAAUUUUCAAAGAAUCUUUCUUACAUAAUCAUAAUAAUGUAAGUGUGCAAUUCCAAAGUUCAUUUUGUCAUCUCAUUGAGUUUAUGGGGUUUCCAUAUAUCAGAAUAUGGACUUGGACAAUGCCAUAUGUCCAACAGCAUGACAAGGGGUUUGGCAAUAUUGUAUUUGCAUCUAUUCUAAAACAAAAUCGAAUAUCAAUGAAUCUUUCAUAUCAUCUUCAUUGAAUCU